AUCUUCACCGCAGGCACAAACACAUGGGUUUGCUUUCGUAAACAUGUCACCUUCUUCCGAAUGUGCAUUAUUCUAAUAAUUGGUCUUCUAACUGCUCGUGAUUCCAAGUACAUACCCUGCCAAACGUUUAUAUGUAUACGUAUCUCGAUGCAUCAUUAGUCACAAUUGGAUCUGGUCUACUAAUUAUUCAUCGUGUUUCGGUGUGCCUCAGAAAUGGCGAACCAAGAAAAGCAACAAAAGAGAGGGUUCAUGUAUAUUUACAAAGGUGGCACGGGAAACCAGAGGAAGAAAGAGUUGGAGCAUGGUGUGGGGCAGGAAAAGAAAUCCAAUGCACGCAGUUGGUUGCACAGGAUAUCGAGGACGAAAACUUUUAAUGGUGGCCAUGGACAAAGAGACUUAGACAUUGGAGGGGAAUUUGUUGAGGCCAGGAAAUCAACUUCUUGCUUAGAGUUAGGGUCACCAGCAGGAGGAUUCGUUGAGGGAAGAAAAUCGGUAUCUUACACAGAGGCAGCAGCAUCGCCAGCAGUAAUAAGAGGAGGCAUAGUUUUUGAAGAGGAGAGAAAAUCAGCGUCCCACAUCGAGAAAAGCUUUGCCGCUGGAGGAAUGGUUGAGGCACGCAAGUCGGUGUCCCACAUCGAAACAUUCUCCUCUGUGGCUGCUUAUCUUCAAGUGAAGGUUUUGGUCUCAGACAUGCCAAGUUUCAUGCAAGUGCAUGCCUUUCGUUGCGCGAGAAGAACAUAUGAUAGCUUGGAGAAGUUUAGCUCUAAACACAUCGCUCAUAACAUAAAGAAGGAAUUUGACAAAGCUUAUGGUCCGGUCUGGCAUUGCAUUGUAGGGUCAAGUUUUGGUUCAUUCGUGACACAUUCAACGGGGUGUUUUCUUUAUUUUUCAAUGGAAAAUAUAUAUAUUCUACUGUUCAAGACCAAAGUUAAGAAGGCGUUGGAUUAAGGUACAUAUAAUAAUUUAUACAUAUAAGAUUUAGCAAUGGCCUUUUUAUGCUGGCAAAAUUUGUAUUCACUGUUCAGAUGUCUUGUCUGUACAUGAAAAUUUAAAUGUAAUCAAGUUUCAUUCAUACAAAUCCACAUAUCCUCUUUUAGUAUUU